AUGCUGUCUCACGCCGACCUCCUGGACGCCCGACUCGGGAUGAAGGACGCGGCUGAGCUGCUGGGGCACCGUGAGGGGGUGAAGUGCCGCCUUGGAGUCGGGGGGUCGGAGCCCGUACACCCGGGGGAUCUGGCCAGCAACUCUGACCAGGUGGAGGGCACCACUCUGCUGCCCGGAGAGGACAUCACCAGCGUGGGCUCCAACCAGUCCUCCCUGGCCGUCAGCUCCAAAGAUCCGGACAAGCAGCAGCAGAACCCCAACCAAUCGGGCCAGCAGCAGAGUCAGAGCCAGAGCCAGCAGAAACAGAAGAGGCAUCGAACCCGCUUCACCCCGGCUCAGCUCAACGAGCUGGAGAGGAGCUUCGCCAAGACCCACUACCCAGAUAUAUUCAUGAGGGAAGAGCUGGCACUGAGGAUCGGCCUGACAGAGUCCAGAGUGCAGGUCUGGUUCCAGAACAGGCGUGCUAAGUGGAAGAAGCGUAAGAAGACCACCAAUGUAUUCCGUGCCCCUGGAACUCUGCUGCCCACACCAGGAUUGCCCCAGUUCCCAUCAGCAGCAGCCGCUGCGGCAGCAGCAAUGGGCGACAGUCUAUGCUCCUUCCAUGCCAACGAUACCCGCUGGGCCACAGCUGGAAUGGGGGUCUCCCAGCUUCCCUUACCUCCCUCCCUUGGAAGGCAACAGGCGAUGGCUCAGUCUCUGUCCCAGUGUAGCCUGGCAGCCGGCCCUCCUCCCAGCUCCAGUUGGGUUUGUCCAACAUGGGCUCCAAUGGCACGGGGCUGCAGUCACACCUCUACCAAUCCGCCUUCCCCGGCAUGGUGCCCACCUCAUUGCAGGGUCCCGGCAACGUGUCGGGUUCCCCGCAGCUCUGCAGCUCUCCGGACAGCAGUGAUGUGUGGAGGGGAACCAGCAUUGCCUCCCUACGCCGCAAAGCACUUGAGCACACAGUCUCCAUGAGCUUUACUUAA